AUGAGGCAGCUGCCAGCCCUGCCCGGCAGUCCUGAUCUCCUGGGCUGUGAGGAGGGGAGGCCGGCCACAGUCUCCUUCAGCACCCAGCAUGCAGCGCGCCAAGGAGAUGAUGAAGGUGUCCGAUGGCAGUCUCCUGGGGGACCCUGGGGACACACCACUAAGCAAGAAGCAGGGUGUCAAGUGGCAGAGGCCGAGGCUCACCCGCCAGGCCGUGAUGCGGUGCUGCCUGGUCAAGUGGAUCCUGUCCAGCGCGGCCCCACAGGGCUCAGAUACCAGCGACAGUGAGCUGGAGCUGUCCAUGGUGCGCCACCAGCCAGAGGGGCUGGAGCAGCUGCAGGCACAGACCAAGUUCACCAAGAUGGAGCUGCAGUCCCUCUAUAGGGGCUUCAAGAAUGAGUGUCCCUCGGGCCUGGUGGAUGAAGACACCUUCAAACUCAUUUACGCACAGUUCUUCCCUCAGGGAGAUGCCACCACCUACGCACACUUCCUCUUCAAUGCCUUCGACGCUGACGGGAACGGGGCCAUCUGCUUCGAGGACUUUGUGGUUGGCCUCUCCAUCCUCCUGCGAGGAACAGUCCAGGAGAAGCUCAAGUGGGCCUUUAACCUCUACGACAUUAACAAGGAUGGCUACAUCACCACACAGGAGAUGCUGGCCAUCAUGAAGUCCAUCUAUGACAUGAUGGGCCGUCACACCUACCCCCUCCUGCGGGAGGACGCGCCUCUGGAGCACGUGGAGAGGUUCUUCCAGAAAAUGGACCGGAAUCAGGACGGGGUAGUGACCAUUGACGAGUUCCUGGAGACCUGUCAGAAGGACGAGAACAUCAUGAGCUCCAUGCAGCUGUUCGAGAACGUCAUCUAGGACACAUCGGGGAUCCCCAAGUGGCCAUCGUCACCACCUCAAUCCUGCCAGGAACAGCCUCCAUGAGAAACCUUUUUCUAAUAUAUUUGCAAAAAGUGAACAGUGUGCUACACACACACACACACACACACACACACACACACACGUGCGUGCACCAUUCCUCUGGGCUAGGUGGGGGAGGGGUGCUGCAUCGGGUUGGGAGCUGGGUCCAGGUGACAUGAGCUACACCCCCAGACACACACACACACGCCAGCGGAGUGA